AUGGGGAAGAUCUUGAAAUCUAAGUCUUCAUGGCCGAGAACCGUCGUUAGGAAGUGGCUAAACUUACGUAGCGGCGCUUACGAGUUUCACUCCGAUUACACCCUCAAAGGGAAGAUGGAGCCAACUCAGCCGAGGAGAAAAAGUUGCUCCGACGGUGAUUACUGCAUGAUCGUGCCGGAAAAGUUUCCAGGUUGGCUGGGCCAAGCUAAUGGGGAUUUAAAACAAUCAACCGGUGAACAACAUGUGCCGCGUGUUGAUGACAAACUUGAUCUCAAAAUGUUCGUCGGGACAUGGAACGUGGGAGGGAAGUCGCCACAUGAUGGAUUAGACUUAAAAGAUUGGCUCCAAUCUCCCGCAGAUGCCGACAUUUACGUGCUAGGAUUUCAAGAAAUCGUGCCGCUAAAUGCUGGUAACGUUCUUGGAGCAGAGGAUAAUGGCCCUGCGGCUAAGUGGCUUUCUCUUAUCCGAGAAGCCUUGAACAAUAACAACAACAACUUAUCACAAAAUGACCUCGAACUUUCUAGAAACCACAAGACCUCCGGUAUCACAAAUGAUAACCCCCUUUCAUGCAACUCAACCACACCUCAAGGCUAUUCCCUUGCAGCGAGUAAACAAAUGGUGGGGAUCUUUUUGUGUGUUUGGGUUAGAGAUGAUCUCAGGAAACGUAUUACCAACCUCAAGGUUUCAUGCGUUGGUCGUGGCAUCAUGGGAUAUCUUGGAAACAAGGGUUCCAUAUCCAUCAGCAUGUCAGUGCAUGAAACGAGUCUUUGCUUUGUUUGUACGCAUCUUACGUCUGGAGAAAAAGAAGGCGACGAGGUCAGAAGAAACUUAGAUGUGACCGAGAUAUUAAAGAGGACAAGAUUUUCACGUUCUUCUAAAGAUUCUCGACCCGAGACAAUUAUGGACCAUGAUAAAGUAAUAUGGCUCGGAGAUUUGAAUUAUCGGCUAAGGGCCAGCAGUGACGUGCAUGAACAGCUUAAGAAUAAUGAUUGGGAAGCACUCCUAGAGAAAGAUCAGCUAAAGAUAGAACAAAGAGCUGGCAGAGUUUUUCAAGGAUGGGAAGAAGGAAGGAUUUACUUUGCACCAACAUAUAAAUAUCUUAUAAACUCUGAUAAUUACGUUGCCCAAACCGAAAAAUCAAAGGAAAAACGAAGAACACCAGCUUGGUGUGAUAGAAUAUUGUGGAAAGGUGAUGGGAUGAAACAAAUUUGGUACACGAGGGGAGAGUCGAGAUUCUCUGACCACAGACCGGUUCAAUCUCUCUUUUCAGUUCAUAUUGAUUUAACACUAAAUCAAUCAAACCGGAAAACUAAACCAAUCAACCAAAACCACCGUCCCAACCCGGUCUUGCCAUACACAUGCCACGGGAAAGUCCAGGCCGAAGAGAUCUUGUUGCUCACACGAGCACAAAGUUGUAUAGACACACAACCUAGACUCAUAUCAUCUGUUUCUUGA